AUGCACGCACGAAGAGUUUUCGAUUCCAUGGACCCUCCAGCAAGAGAUUCCAUGACGUGGGAUCUCAUGCUCUUGGCAUAUACCCGAAAUGGGUAUCUUCUGGAAGCUAAGCAGUUUUUUAGCCAGAUGCCUCAGCACAGCGUUGUUUGCUGGACAGCCCUUUUCAUCGCUUAUGCCCACAAUGGGAAUCUCAAGGAGUCUAAGGUAAUAUUUGAUGAGAUUCCACAACCGGAUCUCGUUGCUUGGACAUCAAUGCUCGUGAUAUAUGCCCAAAACGGGUAUCUCUCAAAGGCAAGAAAAAUAUUUGCAAGGAUGCCACAGAAGGACCUUGUAUCCUGGACAGCCAUGCUUGCUGCAUAUGCUCGAAAUGGCAACUUAAGGGAAUCUAAGCUCAUCUUUGACGACAUUCCAGAACUGGACCUCCCGUCAUGGAAUGCGAUGUUAUCAGCUUAUUCCCAAAACGGGCAUUUGGAAGAUGCCAAGCGCAUCUUUCACAUGAUGCCUGCGACGAAUCUAAGCUCCUGCAAUGCAAUCUUGUCAGCAUAUUCCCAAGAAGGAGACGUCCCCAACGCAAAGAGGUGUUUUGACAAGAUGCCGCAGCAUUGCAUGGUAUCGUGGAAUGCUAUGCUUGCGGCAUAUGCCCGGGCAGGGCAUCUCGAAGAUGCGAGGAUAUUCUUUGCCACCUUUCAUGAGACCGAUCUUGUGUCUCGCAACACCAUGCUCGUGGCAUUUUCCCAGGCGGGUAAUAUCCAGGAAGCAAAGCGCAUCUUCGACGACAUGCCCUUCUGGGAUUCUGUAUCUUGGAGCAGUAUGCUCUUCGCAUAUGCCCUCAACGGGCAUCUGGACAACGCAAAGGAGAUGUACGACCGGGUGCCGUACAGGGACGUAGUGCUGGACAACUCGAUGCUAAGCGCGCUCGCGCAGAGGGGCAACGCGGCCGGGGCUAGGCGAAUAUUCAAGAGCAUGCAGUACCACAACCUCCUGUCGUACAACGCGAUGCUGUGUUUGCUGCCCGUGGACGAGGCCCGCACAAUGUUUGACCGCAUGGCCCGCCGCAACCAGGUGACGUGGAACGUCAUGCUCAAUGUGUACGGCCAGGCCGGGCGGGUGGAAGAUGCGAAGAUUCUCAUGGACGAGAUGCCGCAGCACAGCCUCGUGACGUGGAAUUCGAUGCUCACGGCAUAUGCCGCGACCGGGCAUCUGGAAUCCGCCAAGAGCGUGUUUGAGAAUAUGCCGCAUAGGGAUCUUAUUUCCAGGAACGUCUUGCUCAGCGCGUUUUGCCACUGCGGCGAGUUCGCGAGCGCGAAGGCGAGAUUCGAUCUCAUGGAGGAGAGGAAUCUCAAGUCCUGGAACACGAUUCUCGCGGCAAGCGCCUUCCACGGGCAACGCGAGAAGGUAGUCUCCCUGUUCCAGCGGAUGCCGGAGCGAGAUCUCGUCUCCUGGAGCACUUUCAUCGCGGCGCUGGCUCGAAAUCUCGAUGCCGCUGGCGCGUUCCAGGGAUUCCACACGCUGAUGCUCACGGAGGAGCCCGACGACAGCAGCUUUGCCCUGUUCUUGGUGGCGUGCAGCCAUGGUGGCAGCGUCGAGGCAGGGAAAUCGUGCUUCCACUCGAUGGAGAGGGAUUUCGGGCAGAAUCCCACACGGCAGCAUUACAGCUCCAUGGUAGAUCUGCUAGCGCGGGCCGGAUCAGUCGCGGACGCCACAAAUCUCCUGAGCAGCAUGCCAUUCGAGCCGGAGGGCCUGGAAUUUCGAUCCCUGCUUGGAGCUUGCGGCCGGGACAGAGAUCUCGAGCAGGGAGGCGUCGCGGCAAAGGGUGCUGUGGAUCUGGAUUCCACAUCGCUGCUACUGCUCUCCAAUCUCUACGCCCCCGGAGCUUCUUCUUCCCGCCUAUAA